GCGAUUGAGAAAGGACGUCGCCGGCCGCGCCGCUGCCCGUACUCCGUAUCGCCCGGCAAGGCACCGCGCCGUCCUGCCGCGAAGCACGCGUAGUGAGAGAGACAGAGCGACCGCCGCUCUCGACCACCGCCAACACCCCAAGGAUUACCGAGCGCCCCGCAGUGGAUGAAUGGAUACAUGGAUUACCACACGUGACGUGCAGUGAUUUUUCUGGAAUUUGUUUCCUUGUGCGAGUGCAACUCGAGACAGGGCGCUCUCGCCGCAGAGUGACCGUGGAUAAUGCACCGAGCCUGCACCGGUGUCGUGUGUGCCGUCCCCCGGGACGCAAGUGACAAGUGAUCAGUGUGCUUCAUUUUUACUUUGCGAAAAAAUCGCCUGGGGAAAAGUGCGCAAGGUGCAGUGUUUUUUGUUUGUUCGUCGAUGCCUGAACGCUCGGGCCGGUAGCGAGCCGCGUAGCGAGCCCUCAGAAUGGCCGGAACAAGGCCUCGGCUCGCGCUGCUGCAGGCGCUGGCGUGGCUCGCGGCCCUCGCGGUGCUGGCGGGGGCGUCCAGCUGCCCCUCGGUGUGCCAGUGCAAGUGGAAGGGCGGCAAGCAGGCCGUCGAGUGCGUCAACCAGAACCUCAUCACCAUCCAGGACGGCCUGGACCCCGAGACGCAGGUCCUGGACAUGUCCGGCAACAACCUCCAGAUCCUGCCCAGGGAGCGCUUCGUGCGCGACGGCCUGCUCAACCUGCAGCGCGUGUACCUGCGCAGCUGCCGCAUCGGCCAGAUCGACGACCGGGCCUUCCAGGGCCUCACCAACCUGGUCGAGCUGGACCUCAGCGAGAACCUGCUCACGUCCGUGCCCUCCGCCACCUUCAACGACAUGCCCUUCCUGCGCGACCUGAACCUCGCCAAGAACCCCAUCCAGAAGCUGGAGGGGGAGGCGUUCAAGACGGUGCCGGGGCUGGUCAAGCUAGACCUGUCGCAGUGCCAGCUGCAGUACAUCGCGCCCAACGCGUUCGAGGGCGUGGAGCUGAUGGAGUCCCUGCGGCUCAACGGCAACCACCUCUCCGUGCUGCAGCCGCACACGGUGGAUCGGCUGCGGCGGCUGCACGGCGUGGAGCUGCACGACAACCCGUGGCACUGCGACUGCCACCUGCGCGCCGCCAAGCUGUGGCUCACCAACAACAACAUCCCCUACGGCGUGCCGCCCCUGUGCAGCAGCGGCCCGCACCGCGUGCAGAACAAGACCUUCGCCGAGCUGCACGUGGACGACUUCGCCUGCAAGCCGGAGAUCCUGCCCGUGAGCCGCUACGUGGAGGCCACGACGGGCGAGAACGCGACGGUGUACUGCCGCGUGGGCGGCGUGCCGCAGGCCCAGAUCCACUGGUACUGGAACGGCCGCCUGCUCGUCAACAACUCGGCCUUCAGCCCGUACCAGCGCGUGUACGUGUUCGAGGAGGGCACGUUCGAGAAGACGUCCGCCCUGGUGCUCACCAACGCCCAGGAGACGGACUCGUCCGAGUUCUACUGCGUGGCCGAGAACAGCGCCGGGAGCGCCGAGGCCAACUUCACCCUGCACGUGUCCAUGCGCCUGGCCGGCAUCUCCACGCUAGGGUCGGGCCAGAUCGCCGGCCUUAGCGCCGCCCUCAUCGUCCUCAUCCUCUUCAUCCUGCUCGUCAUCCUGGUGCUGCUGGUGCGGCUGCGCAAGCCCCCCUCCGAGACCAAGUCUCCCGGCCAGCUCGAGGUCGUGGCCACCAUGAACGGCAACACCGUCACCACCAACUGCAAGGCGGCCGUCGUGGACUCUUCCUCCGAGCGCACCACUGUCACCUCGGACUCGCUCAUGUCCAACAACCCCAUCCAGAAGCCGCCCCGGCGGGCUGAGAUAUCGUACACGACGACGCACUACAACGGGCACGGCAGCGUGCUCAGCGCCACGCACUUCUCGCCGCCCUCCUCCAACCCGGACCUCAUCAACGACACCCGGCUCAACCCGCCGCCACCCGCGCCCCUCGGCAACGGCCACGUGCUGGGCCUGGGCGGCCUGGGCCAUCCCCUGGGGACCAGCAACCCGGCGGGGCCGCUGGGGGCCAUGGGGGGCAUGCCGCGGCCCGGCAGCGGGGAGUACAGCCGCGCAGGAGGCUGCGAUUCGCUGUACCCGUCCGGCAUCUGGGACACGCAGUCCCCCGAGCACUACAUCAGGCGGACCACCAGCUCCACGGCGGCCGGCCUCCACUACGACGCCUCCGACAAGACGCCCAUCAUCGGGGACGGCGCCAGCAUGGGCGGCGAGUCGGAGGAUGACCUGGAGUACCGCAGCCGCACGCUGCCGCGGCCGCACGGCCACCCCCUCCCCCACGUGGUGGACUACCCCCCGGACUACGGGCUGCCCAUCCUGGAGAAGGCAGAGGGCGCCCACAGCCCCACCGCCACCAGCCCCACCGGCCCCCACCCCCACCCCCCGAUGCCCAAUGCCAAGACAUUGCGUGUGUGGCAACGGGGAGUGCCAGUGCUACCCCCUGUGACCGCCUUGAAGCGAGUGUUAUCAAGCAAUAGAAACUCUCCAGAUGAAGGAUACCAGGAAGGCUGCGGCACGGAUGUCUGAGACUGUGAAAGGUAAAAACGAACAACUGAAAGCUCCUUGCUAAGUGCUGUGGUAUGUGUCCAGUCUUUCCUUUACCUGAUUCAGUAUUGAUCAAACACAUGUUUGACCCCAAAUUCGCAGCAGCUCAAUGGCUUGCCAAAUUAUUAAGACUUUAUGCACAUUUCCCCUUGAAAUGCAAAAGAGCUCUCUAAAAUACUGCAUAAGUACUGACUGGUGCAUUCGAACUGAUGCACGAACUCUUGGCCUAGAGCUUUAUUUAGUUUUUGUCCUCCCAAAUAUCCCUUUGUGACCUUCACAAAGGAGCUCACUGUGAUAUAGCACGUGGAAUGUUGAGGAAUCCUUUCGUGGAUUGUGUUGUUUUGUAAUUGGUAGGGCAGAGUAGGGAGUGGAAUUGUCUAAAGCAGACUUGUAAACCCGGUUUAAGUUUUGCCAGUGAAGGUUAAUGAAUUGAUCGGAUCUCUUUGAUCAAACGGCAACCAAAGCACUCCUCUAUCAAAUAUCAAUAUUCAAUGCUGGGUAGUUUCUCGGAGUCCUGUAAAUCAUCUUGUACCUUAUUGUACAUUCUGUAAAAAUCAAUCGCGCGAGAAAUGUUCUUGUUUGCUUCAGCGGACUUCAUUUUAAUGUGAAUUCUACAUAGUCUCCAUUGUCAUCACUGAAUUUUUAAGGAAGAUAGAGAGACAUUUAAUUCAAUCCAAUGUCUUCCUAAGUGUACACUGUCCCGAAUUGCACUUCCAACAGGCACAGGGCGUGAAAAUAAAACUAGUUGCUCAGGCUUCUGUGCCUGCUUUAACUCCCAGCCUCAGUCAAUCUAAAAGACAAGACUUAGAAAGAGCUAUUAGAAAAUACAUUUGCUGCUUUCUAAAGUGACUUUCUGCUGUGUUUACAAGCCUGGAAAUAAUGUACUGAGGUUACUGAUUAGAUCAUUCAAUGAAACAUAUCUUACCGCUACCCUUUGUACUUAUUUAAAAAAGAAAUGGUUGAAUAUGCAAACAGAAGACAUUGUCUUGGAUACAAUUAUUUGAGACUGAGAAUGAAUGUACACAAGUACUUGAAUGUUCUGAGAUAGAUAAUUAUGUGUUCAACUUCUCAUUGCCGUUGUGACUUGUGUGAUAAUAGACUACUUGGAGUGUUGUCAGCCAUGAGUAGGGGAAUUUUGACUUGUACAAGUUUUUGUUUUAGUGUGCCCAUAACUUAUUCGCGGUAUUUCGCAUGGGAUUCAUUAUGCAUUUAAAGUUCUCUCAUGCUUUUAUUUGUUUGCUGAAUUCCCCCCUCCCCCUCCCUGCUUGUACUAUAAAGUAGAUAGACGCACUCAUUUACCAAUUUAGAAUACAGAUAACGACUGAAAUCUCCCUUAAUUUUGCAACUCUCUUAAUUGGUAAGAUUCUUAGUUAUGGUUUUGUUCAUCUGUCAAGUUUUUAAGUUUUGCAUAAGUUCUGCAUAAAAUUUCCAUGCGUGAUACCUGCACUAUGUCUGAUUGUACAGUACGUACAGUAUUGUCGUGUAUAUUGAAUCGUAGUGGCACAAAAGCGUGUCUUAAGGACUGGAUCUCGAUGUGUAAAGGAUAAAUAUAAAGGAGUAAGAGGGCCAAAAUUUGCAGUUUUUUUUUUUUUUUUUAUUCAACUGAUUUAAGUUUGAACAGUUUCCUUUCGGCCAAAUUGUGCAGUACACAAAUUAAAACUUGCGGUAAUAGGUCUUUAAUUUACCAGCUGAAAACCAAAGGUUAGUCAGUAAUGUAGUCUUAAAUUAUUAAUUAUGAACACGAUUAAUUUGAUGUACAUUGUGCAAAAUAAGUCUUCUUCCUUCUUUUCUUACUUUUCUAUUUUUAUAUCUAUAUAUAAAUAAUAUACGAAGCAAAUCUUUAAUAUCUAUACAUAAAUAUAUUUUUGUUGUACAUUUUUGUUGUUGAUUUUUAAUUAAA